AUGCCCGUCACAGAUAUGUUUAGGAUUGCAUUAAUUCCUAAAGACACGAUGAACUGCCUUUACAAGGAUAAUGUCACAAUGACUUUUAAAAAUAAAGACAUGAUAAAAAAGCAGAAUGAAAUAAAUAGAACGCUAAAAUCCAUUAUAAAUUGGGCAUUGGAAAAUGGAAUACAAUUUUCUGAAUCAAAAAUAAAGAUUGCCUACUACCAUUACUUUGGAGUAAAGGUGGCGGAUCAAGAAAGAACCUGGGCUCCACAUAUUUGCUGCAGUGUUUGCUACGUAGGUCUCACUCAAUGGUUAAAUGGGAAAAGAAAGCAAAUACCUUUUGCCAUUCCAAUGAUAUGGCGUGAGCCAAGAGAUCACCAUUCAGACUGCUACUUUUGCAUGACAAAUAUACCAGGACAUUCUAAGAAAACCAAAGCAUCAAUUGUGUACCCUAACUGUUCAUCUGCAAUAAAACCAGUUCCCCACAGUGUUGAAUAUCCUGUUCCAACUCCUCCUACAGACACUGUUCUUUAUAGCGAAGAAGAACAAAGUGGUGAUGAAAAGGUUGAUGUUGAAUACAAACCAGAUUACGACAAAGAUAAACCUCACAUGAUCACGCAGGGAGAACUUAGUGAUCUGGACAAUAUAUGUUACUGUGUAGACAUUGCUGGAUUAAUGACAAAAUUGGAUGAUGAGUAUGAUCCUGUAGAUUGGCGUCUGUUUAUUGAUUCUAGUAAAGUCAGUCAAAAAGCAGUUCUGCUACAUAACGGAAAUGUUAAACCAUCCAUUCCUGUAGCCCAUGCAGUGGGUAUGAAAGAAACAUAUGAAUCUAUGAAGACACUUCUUAAAGUUAUAAAGUACACUGAUCACAACUGGAAUAUCAGUGGGGAUCUCAAAGUUGUUGCUCUUCUUCUUGGGAUGCAAUUGGGGUACACGAAACACAUGUGCUUUUUGUGUCUGUGGAACAGUCGUGAUGAUGCAAAUCACUAUCUCGUCAAAGACUGGCCUGCGAGAAUUGAUCCGGUACCUGGACAAUUUAACAUUCUUCACGAAUCGUUGGUGAAUCCUGACAAAAUCUUCCUUCCUCCUCUUCAUAUCAAAUUAGGAAUAUUUAAAAACUUUGUCAAGGCGCUACCUACUGAUUCGAAAGGAUUUAUUUAUCUUAAAGAUAAAUUCAAAACCACUCUCACAAACGCAAAGAUAGCUGCAGGAGUUUUUACUGGACCACAGAUACGUGAAGUUAUUCGUGACCCAAAUUUCAAAUUACAACUAGAGCCUGUGAAGUUGCUGGCUUGGGAAGCGUUUGUGGCACUGGAGCUGUCAGUGAUGAACAGGGAGAAAGAUUCCAUCAAGAAAUCUCUGUUAUGGAACACCGGUAUCAGGGUCGUUUUGAUAGUAACAUGA